AUGGAUUCUUCUCAAAUUAUAGACAAAUUAAGCGAGUUAAUAAAACGUAUUACAGAAACCGGCGAUUGGGUAUUAGAUCCUGAUGACCUAAAGAUGGUGAAAUCAUUCUGUAAACGAUCUGAUUUCAAUGUCACCAUUGUCUUUGAACUUGUCAUGACUCAGUUAAAAAAGAAGCAUGCUCAGAUUCGAUACUCCAGUUUGCAACUUAUAGAACAACUUUUUGCUCGCUCGAAACAUUUUCGAGAUUUAUUGACUGAAGAUUUUCCAGUCUUUGUGCAGCUUGUGGUUGGUAUUCAGGACAAAAUACUGCCCCCGCCUGUACAAAUAGCCCAAAAAUUAAGAGAAUAUGCUCUUGCUCUUAUAAAAGCAUGGUUUUUAAAAUUUGGGGAGAGAUACCAUCAAUUGGGAGUGGCAUUUGAUUUUUUAAUGGAUAAUGGGUGCUACGCUAAAAAUGGAUCGGCAUUGGCUAGCAUUCAUGCAAAUGAUCUCAGUAGAUCAAGCACUGACGCAAGAAGAAAAGCAAUUCAAUUAGAUCGUUAUAGUUUAUUAAAGACAGAUGUUGAAGGUCAUAUUGAUAUAAUUCAGGACAACUUGGAGACCAUGGAAGGUUGUUUUGAAAUUUUGAUUCCAAAAAACAAUUUUGUACACGACGAUAUUGAUUUCGAUGCUUUAAUGAGGGGUGAAGCCAGUUACAGUCAAAAACAAGACGAUGCAUACAAAGACACAAUGCUAUCUCAUGGUUUAGGCUCCAAUAGAUACACAAUCACUGUAGAUUUAUCUGAAGAUUCAAUUAUAGAAGACGUUAAAGAAACAGAUGACAAUCAUAUUGUUUUUGAUCAGCUUCGAGAAGCAUAUACCGUAUUAGAAACAAAACAUAUUCCCCAAUUAAAUGUUUGGAUAAAUGCACUUGUCAAAAUUGAAAUCGCAGAUAAAGCCGAAAAAGAAAAACUUAUUAGUAAAAUUAUCAAUCUCAAAGGAAAAGCGACUGAAGAAGCACGUAAAGCAAAAAUGUUGGGUAUUCAGGUACAUCAUCGUGAAUUAAUUACGUCCGUUUCAAAAGAUGAUAAUGAGGAUGACGAGGAUGAAUACCAAGAUGAAAUUUUUGAAUCGGUUGAUGUUUCAGCCACUAAAUCUACAAAUAAUAAAAACACACCCACAAGUUCUAAAUUACCUCCAACACAACGUAUCUUUCCGUUAUCUUUUGAACCCACAAUGAUCGAAGACGCUACUUAUAGAGGGCCAAUUAUAGGCCCAUUAAAACGUGCUUCCAUUGACAAAGGAAAAGGAAAAGCUGAUCCCAAAAGAGAAGAUCUUUUAAAGCGUGCUCCUGUAGUAGAGUGGGGAGAAGAUCUUUAUUAUUGGGAUAAAAAAAACGUUCAAUUCAAUACAAGUGGUAUAGAAAAAAACCAUCGAUUUUUGGGUAUCGGUGAGGGCGAUAAUGAAAUGCCAGAGCAACUUUUAGAGCAGCUCCGCAAGAGAUACACAUACUACAAAUCCGAGGCGCCAAAAGAUUUACAGGCAUGUAAACAUCCGCUAAAAAACGGUGGGCUUUGCCCUCGGAAAGACUUGGUAACGUGUCCAUUCCAUGGGCGUAUCAUACCUCGGGAUGAACUGGGGAUACCAUUGAACCCAUCAGAUGUUGUAGAGAAAACCGAUGAUCAUCCUCCAGCACAAGAAAAAGAGAAGUCUGUAAUGGAUAAUCUUUGGGAAUUAAUUGAAGGCGAUGUAAUGGAUCAAUCUGGCCGUCAAAAAAUGAGCCCAAAGGGUGGUCGAAAGAAAAAAGAAAAGUCCGCUCUUAUCGAUAUUCGAAAGAAGUCAAACACAAGUAUUACUAGAUUAAAGCGCCAAAUUGAUUCUUCCAAAACAAAAAAAUUGGUGCAAGAAGCUGCAGAAUACGAGCGUCAAAUGAAGCAACACAACAGAGACAAGCUGGCUUAG